CGGGAGCGGCCGGUUGCAAGCCCGGCGGGUCCGAGAGCGAGCAGAACUGAAGAAAUGAUGGCAAAUGAUUUAGACCAGUUUAUUGAAGAUCAAAAGGCCAAGUUGGCACAGGACAAAGCAGAACUUGAAAAUGAUCCUCCUUAUAUGGAGAUAAGGAGCAAAGGUGCAGAGAAGCUUUUUGAGACCAGCAAAGCAUUAAUCUCUAUGGCUAAAGAAAACAUACCACCAGACAGUCAACAGAACUAUCUUCUAGGUGAAUAUGGCUUGAGUUUGCCUCUUGGAGAUGAGUAUGAAAGAAAGAAACAUAAGCUAAAGGAGGAACUUCGACAAGAUUAUAGACGAUACCUUUCUCAGGGUAUUUCACAGGCAAAAAGAAAGGUAGGGUGCUUACAAUAUGUUUUUUCUGCCCUGCCCAAAUUAGCUUUUUGCUUUGUUAUAAUCAGGUUUGUACAAAUGAAGUGGAUUAAAAAGUCAUGAUUUUUGUGUGAGUUUGUGUGUGCUGCUGUUGUGAUUAACAGUACUUGUAUGUUUGCUUAUGCAAGAUAUACACCUCUA